AUGACACUGGGCGACCUUGGGAUGUACACCGAAGCAGUACUCCUACUCUCCUGGACGGUCACUUUGUACCGUGACAUGCAUCGUGACAAACCAAGAGUCUUCGUGCCAUAUCUUGCAUGCAGUCUUCACUUCCUCGGCAUGUACCGCCUGAAACUUGGACAGUACUCCGCUGCAGUAGUAGCUGGCACCGAGGCAACGACGUUGUACCGACAGGUGCACGCGACUGCCAUGGGGCAUGACAUUGCCGCAGAUUUGGGUAUGGCACUCAUGAUACACUCAUGUGCUCUCAGACAGAUGGGGCAGAUUCACCGUGAAGAAGCACUGAGCAACUGUGGGGAGGCUCUAUCCAUCUUUCAUCGGCUCGUUCAUUCCCGAGAGGAUCUUAACACAGAGCUUGCGAUGGUACUCGUGACCCAGGCGCGGCACUUUGACAAUGCUGAGCGUUUUGAUCAAGCGUUAGAGUACGGGCAAGAGGCUGUGGACCUUUUGUCGCCCAGCGAUGACGAUACCGACAAUCACGCUCAAAUCCAGCUUGCGGGUGCUCUGUGCUCACACGCUUUUCAUCUGUGGAGGGCCUGCCGCUCUUUGGAUUGCAUAGAGGUGAACAAAAAGGCGAUGGCGCUCUACCGCGUGCUCUAG